GGGAAAAUGAUAAAAAAAUCCUAGUGGUGGGAAGCCCUUGCUUACGCGCACACAGCCGAAGGAUCAUCAUAUACUCGUCUCAUCUCUUAGCCUCAUUUCCUCCUCUAAAACUUGAUCGACUCUACAGAAUAAUAUAUAUAUUGUUGCAAACACUUAUAAGAAUGCGAGAAAAAUGAGUGGUUCAGUGAAGAAGAUCGCCGAUGUGACUUUCAAGGCCGGCAGGACUAUUGAUUGGGAAGGAAUGGCAAAGCUUCUCGUCACCGAUGAAGCUCGUAAGGAGUUUUCAAGUCUCCGUCGCGCCUUCGAUGAUGUUAACUCCCAACUUCAAACCAAGUUCAGCCAGGAACCUGAACCUAUCAACUGGGAGUAUUACAGAAAAGGAAUUGGUUCUCGCUUAGUAGACAUGUACAAAGAGGCCUACGAGAGCAUUGAGAUCCCCAAGUUUGUGGAUAAGGUCACUCCUCAAUAUAAACCAAAAUUUGAUGCCUUGUUGGUGGAGCUGAAAGAAGCCGAGCAGAAAUCUCUGAAGGAAUCUGAAAGAUUAGAAAAAGAAGUUGCAGACGUGCAAGAGUUGAAGAAAAAACUUAGUACCAUGACAGCUGAAGAAUACUUCGAGAAGCAUCCUGAGCUAAAGAAGAAGUUCGAUGAUGAAAUGAGGAAUGAUUACUGGGGCUACUAGUCGGCUCCAUAGCAGGUUUUGGCUCGUCCAUAGGAUGGAUUGUCUAAGUUCACCCAUCGUUAGGAAUAAAGGAAAACAACUACAAGGUUUGUUUCAUUUUCUGGGUCUUUUUGGAAAAUGUUUACUACAGUAAUCUCAUCACUUGGACAUCCUAAUGUGGCCUUGUUUUGGAGGCAAAAGAUGUUUGUGUGGAAAAAAUAGAUUAACAUUCCAUCUAGUGAAGCAACCUUGAAAUUCCUUUUUUUUUUUUUUGCAAUUUGACCAUCUUUUUGGACGUUCAACGAUUAAAUUGCAUGACGAGGCUUGCAAGAUGUACCUUCUGUAAGAAAAUUAUUUUUCAUCUUGUGCCAACUUUCAUUAUUUAUCAGCUAAUGGAUAAAGUUGCUGAUGUGAGUAUAAACA